AUGGAUAGAUGCAAACAUGUCGGGCGGUUGCGGCUCGCCCAGGACCACUCGAUCCUGAACCCGCAGAAGUGGUGCUGCAGGGAGUGCGCCACCACCGAGUCCGUGUGGGCUUGUCUCAAAUGCUCCCACGUGGCCUGCGGCCGCUACAUCGAGGAUCACGCCCUGAAACACUUUGAGGAGACCGGGCACCCGUUAGCCAUGGAGGUCCGGGAUCUGUACGUGUUCUGUUACCUGUGCAAGGACUACGUGCUCAACGAUAACCCGGAGGGGGACCUGAAGCUGCUCAGAAGCUCCCUCCUGGCGGUCAGGGGCCAGAAGCAGGACCCGCCGCUGAGGCGCGGGCGGACGCUGCGGUCCAUGGCCGCCGGCGAGGACGCCGUCCCGCCGCAGCGCGCUCCUCAGGGACAGCCGCAGAUGCUCACGGCUCUGUGGUACCGGCGCCAGCGCCUGCUGGCCAAGACGCUGCGGCUCUGGUUCGAAAAGAGCUCCCGCGGCCAGGCGAAGCUGGAGCAGCGGCGGCAGGAGGAGGCGCUGGAGCGCAAGAAGGAGGAGGCGCGGCAGCGGCGGCGCGAGGUGAAGCGGCGGCUGCUGGAGGAGCUGGCCAGCGCCCCUCCGCGCAAGAGCGCGCGCCUGUUGCUGCACACGCCGCGCGCCGCGGCCCCGCUCCCCGCCUCGCCGCGCGCGCCCACCGGGGGCCGCCCGCCGCCGCGCCGCGCGCCCGCCAUGGCGCCCGGCGUCACGGGCCUGCGCAACCUGGGCAACACUUGCUACAUGAACUCCAUCCUGCAGGUGCUCAGCCACCUCCAGAAGUUCCGCGAAUGUUUUCUGAACCUCGACCCUUCCCAGACCCAACAGCUGUUUCCCAAGGCCCCCAACGGGAAGGCUCCGCUCUCGGGCAGGCCCGCCGGCAGCUCAACCACCGAGCUGUCGGCCAGGAGCGAUGGGGCCGAGGCGUGCGAGCGGGAGGGCCUCUGCUUCAACGGCGGGGCCUCCAUCAGCAGGAGCCUAGAACUCAUCCAGAACAAGGAGCCGAGCUCAAAGCACAUUUCCCUCUGUCACGAACUGCACACCCUCUUCCGAGUCAUGUGGUCCGGGAAGUGGGCCCUGGUGUCGCCCUUCGCCAUGCUUCACUCCGUGUGGAGCCUGAUCCCCGCUUUCCGCGGCUAUGACCAGCAGGAUGCGCAGGAAUUCCUCUGCGAGCUGUUGCACAAAGUGCAGCAAGAGCUCGAGUCCGAGGGCACCACGCGCCGGAUCCUCAUCCCCUUCUCCCAGAGGAAGCUCACCAAACAGGUCUUAAAGGUGGUGAACACCAUAUUCCACGGGCAGCUACUCAGUCAGGUCACAUGUGUAUCAUGCAAUUACAAAUCCAAUACCAUUGAGCCCUUUUGGGAUCUGUCCCUGGAAUUCCCUGAACGGUAUCACUGCAUAGAAAAGGGGUUUGUCCCUUUGAAUCAGACAGAGUGCCUGCUCACUGAGAUGCUGGCCAAGUUCACAGAGACAGAGGCCCUGGAAGGGAGAAUCUACGCUUGUGACCAGUGUAACAGCAAACGACGAAAAUCCAAUCCCAAGCCCCUUGUUCUGAGUGAAGCUAGAAAGCAGUUAAUGAUCUACAGACUACCUCAGGUCCUCCGGCUGCACCUUAAAAGAUUCAGGUGGUCUGGCCGUAAUCAUCGAGAGAAGAUUGGGGUCCAUGUCGUCUUUGACCAGGUAUUAACCAUGGAACCUUACUGCUGCAGGGACAUGCUCUCCUCUCUUGACAAAGAGACCUUUGCCUAUGAUCUCUCCGCAGUGGUCAUGCAUCACGGGAAAGGGUUUGGCUCAGGACACUACACAGCCUAUUGCUACAACACAGAGGGAGGUUUUUGGGUCCACUGCAAUGACUCAAAGCUGAAUGUAUGCAGUGUCGAGGAAGUGUGCAAAACUCAAGCCUACAUCCUUUUUUACACUCAAAGAACAGUUCAGGGCAAUGCAAGAAUUUCAGAAACCCAACUCCAAGCUCAGGUGCAGUCCAGCAACAACGAUGAGGGCAGACCACGGCCCUUCCCCUGAAUGGGAGGCACGUUUCAAGGACUGGCUUGCUUUUAAACUAUUGGUGUUCGUAUAUCUUUCCUCUUACAGGAAAUAAGGUUUAGUGCAGGAACAGAGUACUAGGUUUGCCUCACUGGGACUACAGCAGAGAAGGUGCUAGGUGAUUCAUGUUCUAUCAUAAAAUC